ACAAAAUGUUAUAUAUAAGACUGAUACUAAAACUGCUGACAGACAGCCACAUACCAAGACGCAUAAAAAAAAAUGUACCAGGAAACACAAUGCACAAGUAAGAAAAAUAGAACUGACUUUGUUGAGCUUGCAGUAAUAACUGACCAGUGAUCUCUAUAAGAAGUAUUCCGACCCAGGAGGAUAAUUAAAAAUUAAUAUAAAAACACAAUCAAUACUUGAAUGCAUUGUCAUAAACACAUUACUCAAGCACACAUAUCAUCAAUGAAUCAUGAUUCCAAUAUAUUAUUCAUUUUUCGAAAAAAGUUUCGAACUUUGUUCUUUGUUAGUUUACCAGCGGUUUUAUCGACAUAUCAUCGCAGAUUAUUGUGAAAUAAACCAUCACCAUGGAUUCAGAAGUUGAGAAACAAUUGAAGGAAGCUAAAUCUCUGCUGGGAAAAGUGUCUUGGUUAAUGAGUUUAUUAGGAAUUUGGCCGGUUGAAAAAACGCGCAUUCAGCGGAUAAAGUUCAAAGUUUACGUGGCUUAUGUAACUCUUCAUCUCGCGAUGACAGUCAAUAAUUUGGUCGCUAAUUUUAGCAACGUAAAACUAGUAACUAUAACUAUUCAACAAUUAAUGGGUCUUGGUAUGACAUUCAACCGCUUAUUAUUUAUCAAUUACUCCUCUAAUGUCAGUGAAAUAAUAAAAACUACCAAGGAAGAAAUCGCAUGUGCAGCUUUGACCGAUAUUACUGAAAAAAAAAUUUUUAUAAAGCUUCACAAAGCAGCUUCACUCUACUAUCAUAUUACCAUCAAGUUCAUGGUUUUUACAUCAUCAUAUUUUUACGUGAUGCCUUUGUACAGGCUCAUUUCUGCUUGGUUCGCGAAUGAACCGCUAGUGCUGAUACCGCCGUAUAAAAUAAAAGUAUUUUUCUUCAACGUUUCAUCCCUUAAAAGAACCUUCUUUUUACACAUUUAUGAACUUCCCGCGUUAUUCAUCCAACCAAACUUCUGCUUUUCGGUAAAUAUGCAAGUGAUAAUUGUUAUGAACCUCGCGGCACAAAUGGCAAUACUUGGGCAAAGAAUUAAAAAUUUGGAUUCAAAAGAAUAUUCUAACGCGUCGAAUGUGAUGAUUCAAAAACUAAUUAUUAGACACAUGGAAUUAACUAAAUUGGCUAAGAAAAUUGAAAAUACUUGGACACCUAUUUAUUGCAUAGAGCUUGGAUUUUACAUACCUCUCACAUCAUUGGUUAUUUAUAAUGCUUUGACUAUGUUUAAUAAUAACCAAAAAUUAAUGGCCGUGCCUUACUACAUCUAUAUCAUCGUAACGUUGUCAAGUCUUUUUGGACACUGUCUCAUGGGAGAGUUAGUGAAAACCCAAAGUGAAAAUCUUAUGGACGCCUACUACAAUUCCAAUUGGUGCGAAAUGCCGAUAAAAUACAAAAAAAGUAUUUUGAUUUGUAUGACCUACACCAAAAUUGCGCUAAAUAUAACCGCUGGUAAAUUUUUCGUGUACUCAUUAAGCGCAUUUACAGGCAGUAAAUUCGAGCAAACUAAGUUUAUGUUUGACAAAGUCAGGUGGAUCAUAGAAUUUUUGAACGCAUGGCCAAUCAAUCCGACUAAAAAAAAAUUAAUACUUUUUUUAUUAUAUUUAAUUCACGAGAAUGUUUAUCUCGCAAUGGCUUAUUACGAUUUAUUUUCAAUAUUUGGCGAUCUCCAGCUAAUGUCUACUAAUCUAAUAGGGACACUGGUGCAAAUGAUAAUGAUGAUCCGGUUGAUAUUUGUUAAGUUUUCGUCAAGACUUAGAAAUAUUAUUGUUGAGAUUAAAGAUGAUGUUUGCGAUAAAAAUUAUCAGAGAACUGAUGAAAAAAUAAUUUACAUUAAAUAUAGCGAAAUGGCGACUAAUUUUUAUAAAAUAACAAUGGGAUUUGGUACUGGCGCUGGAUUGAGUUUUUAUAUUUUGCCUGCACAGAAUUAUUUUAUAGCAUGGCUUCUCCAUCAACCGGCACCUCUAGAGCUUCCUUACAGAGCAAAAAUAUUCAACACAAAUGAGACGACUCUUAAGCAAUCAAUUUUCCUUUAUAUUUAUCAAGCACCGCUGCCUAUUACCGCAUUAUGUUACUUUGCGACUGUUAACAUGCAAUUUAUAAUAAUAUCAAACAUAUGUGCUCGGAUCGCCAUUUUAGGAAAUAGAAUCAAUCAAAUUAACAAUAGUAUAGCCAUGAAAACUGAUAGUCUUAUCAAACAUAUCGUGCUUAAACAUUUAGAGCUGAUCAGAUUAACAAAAAGAGUAGAUGAAACUUGGACUCCAGUAUUUCUUCUUGAAAUAAUUGUUUUAAUUCCACUUCUUGCGCUGGUACUAUUCAGCGCAAUUUUGGCGUUGGAAGCCAGUGAAACAGUAGGGUUCUUAAUGUUAAUAACUUACGUAAGCGCAGUAUUAUCGUGUUUGUUCGCCAAUUGUUUAAUGGGUGAACUUUUGUUAACAGAACACGAAAAUUUACUACAGAGGUUCUACAUUUGCUAUUGGGAAGAAAUGUCUCAAAAAUCGAAACAAUCCUGGCUUAUUUGCAUGGUGAGUUGUGCGAAAAUUCCGAUGCGAAUGACUGCUGGAAAAAUAUAUAUUUUUUCAUUUAAUGGUUUCACGGGAAUACUACGAAGUGAAAAAAUAUUGACAUUUUUUAGGCUGUCAUUCGAUAUCUUCACAUCGACAUUACCAGUUAUGGAAAUAGCAUUCGAGAAACAAUUCGAGGAAAGUAAAUUGAUGAUAAAAAAAAUUGGAGGGCUAAUCCAAAUAUUGAAAGCAUGGCCAAUCAAUCAGUCGAGAAAAGAACUGACAAUGUUUAUAAUUUACCUUAGUUAUGAAACUAUUUACCUGUCGAUGGCUUUCAAUGAUGUAGUUUCAAUUUUCGGAAAUCUCCAGCUCAUGACCGCUAAUUUUUUGGGAACACUAGUGCAACUGGUGAUGGUGAGUCGGUUGAUAUUUAUCAGAUUUUCAGUUAAAAUGAAGGAAAUAAUUGAAGAAAUAUUCGACAAUUGUGACGGUAAAAAUUAUCCAAGUAAAAGUGAAAAAGAAAUUUAUAUUAAGUACAGCUUGAAGGCUAAAAACUUUUAUAUUGUCACAAUGACUUCUAUCAUUAUUGCUGCGUUCGGUUUUUGUUUGCUACCUUUACAGAAGUAUAUCAUAUCUUGGCUUUUGCACUAUCCUGCAACUCUGGAAAUUCCAUACAGAGCUAAAUUAUUCUACUCAAACGGUACAUCUUAUAGACAAACAAUUCUGCUUUAUAUUUUUGAAAUUCCACUACCCGUUACUUCAAUUUGUUACACUGCAGCAAUUAAUUUGCAAUUUGUAAGAAUAUCAAACAUAUGUGCGCGGAUUGCCAUUCUUGCGAAUAGGAUUAAAAAUAUUAAUUGUAAUAGAGACAAUAAAACUGAGAGUUGUAUUAAAUAUAUUGUUCUUAAACAUGUGGAGCUGAUAAAAUUGACGAAAAAAGUUGAAAAAACUUGUACUCCAAUGCUAUUUGUAGAACUACUAAUUCUGAUCCCACUGCUGGCUUUGGUAUUGUUCAGUGCAAUUGUGGCGUUGGAAGCAAGCGAAACAUUAGCGUUUUUAAUGUUAUUUGUUUACGUCGGCGCAGUAUUGUCGAGUUUGUUCGCCAAUUGUUUAAUGGGUGAACUUUUGUUAACAGAACACGAAAAUUUACUGGAGACGUUCUACAUUUGCAAUUGGGAAGAAAUGUCUCAAAAAUCAAAACAAUCCUGGCUUAUUUGCAUGAUCGGUGGCGCGAAAAUUCCGAUGCAAAUAACUGCUGGAAAAAUAUAUAUUUUUUCAUUUAAUAGUUUCACGGGGAUACUACGAAGUUCAAUGGCUUACGUUUCAUUGCUGAGAACACUGACAGCUUGAAAUUUUUAGUUUAUAUAGCCUGUUGUUCCGACAUUUGUGUAUUUUCUUGAAAGUUUAAUAUCAAACUAGUAAUACUUGAUCUAGAUAAAUAAACCUUUUUAUUUUCAACAUUUAA